AUGCGAACUCUAACCUUCUCAUCGUUUCGAACUACAAUUCCGAAAAAGACUCGUCACGUCAAUGCUUCUCCAUCUCCCACUCCUUCAGUCACUCAGAAGCCAUCAUCUCAAUCUGGAUGGGAUUAUUGGACACGUGUCUAUUCUGAAGAUUCUCAGAAUUCAGCACCAUCUCGUGAUGUAAGAGUUUCCGAUAUGCUUAGGUCAGACACUCUUGUUCGUGCCAAACUUCUGUUUUUGAAUGUUCCUGGUCUUCCAACUGUUCAUAAGAAUAUCAUUUUGAAUCUAGUUAAAAAAGAGAUUCGGGAGGAUAUUUCGAUUCAAGAUGUCGUUGUUGUCCCUCCAGGAAAAUGGUUUCUCAAUUUCUAUCGUCCAGAAGAUGCGUUGAAAGUUUUCAAAGUUUUCAACGGGUUCAAUUAUCGUGGACACACUUUGGUUGUCAGAUUCUGUUUUCCAGAUGGGACGUACGGAGAUGAAACAGCCCUGACUGAAUUGGUCCAAUGUAGCAACAAUGCGAAAGGAAGACUUUUCGAGCAGAGAGAAAUCGUUCAAGAUACUCUCUCUUCUGAAUGUUGGACUAUUGCCGAAUACGAAGUAUUGCAAAAAUUUGAGACAGAACUCGUAAAUCUUCUGAAAACUCACGCCUAUCUACCGUACCACAAUGUUCUUCAAUCGAUGCGAACUCUUUUUUCAAAUCGAAUUCCUUCGGCCACAUCUUCAAUUUUCAUUAGUGAAGCAUUGACUCAAUGGCCAACUGGAUUCAUUCGAAUGUUCAAUCGAAAUGUCAAAGUGGUUUCGAAUACAAUGUGUCUGUCCACUAGCUCAUAUUACACUCAACGUAUUCAUGAUUCUGCAAUGGAAGGGGGCUGCUCUGUUCAUCGCAAUUCAUGGGAGCCAAUGGUUCCAGAAGACAUUCGAAGUGAUAUUCAAUUGAUUCAAUACAUCCAUUCAUUCCUCGGACACUUUGGACCACAGAACAUUGAUAUUGAUGCUCCAAUUCGUAUUCUGGCUCAAUCCCUCCGUGGAACUUGGCCAAAGUCUGCCGAAGAACUUGCUUCUCUACUCACUGAUAUUUCAUCUGGAGUUGCUAUUGUCAACCGUGUUUUAUACUUGUCCAGUAACCCAGUUCAUCAUGAAAAAAUCAUUGACAAUCUGGCGACAUACCAAGAUGACUGUACCGAUGUAUAUUUUCUUCCGUUGUCCAGUUUGGAUGGACAAAAAUUGAUGAUUGUCGAUGUCGAAGACCUUUAA